AUGACAGAAUCUACUCUGCCAUCAAAUCAAGAUCUUGAUGAGGAGCCUUAUGACUCCGCCGAAGACGAAGACUUUGAGCUAGACGCUGCACCGGACGACUCCGACUUAUCUUCCGAUGCCGAUGAGGCCGAAGAACCCGCAAAGAAGAAGCGAAAGACAGACACAAAAGCUCAGAUACCCAAAGAUGCAGAACUUGACUCUGGAGAUGAAGCUACCAUCAGGAAAGCGAGAGAGAAGAAAGGAAAAAAGACCAAGGGAAAGAAGCCCAAGGGUAAACACGCGCCUGAUAGUGACGAUGACGAUGGCGACAUUGAUAUCGACGACGAUGAAGGAGGCACUGGGGGGUUCGUACGAACUCGCGCAAUGAAACAGCAGAUACAGGAAGAAGAGCGCAAACCGUUGGCCAAAAUCGAUGGUGCGACCGUCGAUGUGGACGCCCUGUGGGAGCAGAUGAAUGCACCUCAAGGCCAAACCAACCUGCAGCCACCCCCGAUCCAGCCGCUAGCCGAAUCCACCCCCGCCCCCGAACCGACAGGCGAAACGAAAGCACAGGACAAGGGUGCUAAAGAUGCGGAACACAAAAUAGACCCUGGCAUGCACGCUGAUCAGAUGAUCAAGAUCAAGCGCACCUACAAAUUUGCCGGAGAAUGGAUCACCGAGGAGAAGGUCGUACCCAAAAAUUCAGCCGAGGCUAAGGCGUUUCUGUCGAGUGGAGAGAAUGUCGAAUAUACCGACGAGACUGCCAUAAAUGCAGCUCAUAACCUGCGCCGACCGCUUCGCAAGAUUUCGCGAUUCGACCCCAACCCCACUGGUACAAUCAAGAAAAGCUGGGAGAAACAACUUGUUACGGAUGCGCGCGGUCCCAAAAUCAACACUGUGGAGAAGUCAAGACUCGACUGGGCCACGUACGUCGACUCUGCAGGUAUCAAAGAUGAGUUGCGCACUCAUAGCAAAGCCAAGGAGGGUUAUAUCGGUCGCAUGGAUUUCUUGGGUCGUAUGGAAGAGAAGAGGGAAGAGGAACGGCGGGCUGCACGACUCAAAGGUGUAUGA